CCGCCUGAUGAAUCUUGAGGUGAGCCUGCCUCGCUCGUCUUCCUGUUCCCCCUCCCGAAGAUGUAGUGGUUUCGAUCUCAUUCCUCCCUGAUUCUGAUGCUUCUCGUACUCCUGUUGAAGCUCGGGCCUCAUCUGGAUCAGGGUUCUCUUGUAGAUUCUUUUCCCUCUGAACGAGAUUAGAUUAUUACAUUGGGUUCCUCCUCCUCGAGCUGCAAUAUGUUGUAGAUCUGUGGGUUAUUUGUUGGUUCUGAUGUAGUUUCCAGCCCAUGAUUUCUUCUCUCACGAGUAGCAGACCGUCCUUGGGAUCCAUGGCGACAACUUGAUACGCGUGCUCUAGGUCUUCUCCCCGUGCUUGCCCAAAAGACUCAUAGGUUGCCUAACCUGAUUAGGUAUAAUCUCUUUUAUCCGCACCGAAGAGAAGCUGUGAUCAUGGCAUCACUAAGUGCUGACCUUUUCUAUGACAUACUCAAGCGUCUUGAUGCUGCAGCUCUGGCAAGAGCAGGCUGUGCUUGUGCUGACUUUCGUGCCAUAUCAAAUGAAGAGGACUUGUGGGAGAAUGCUUGCAACUCUCUGUGGCCAUCGACGAGACUUGGUGAUGUUAGGAGCUUGAUUGUUUCUGUUGGUGGAUUCAGGAAGUUCUAUGCUGAUUGUUUCACUUUCACCCUUAUAUUGAACAAAGAUGUUCCUGUAGUUCAGACAAAUGAAACUAAUCCCUUUGCAGAAGAAUGGGCCGAGUCUGACUAUUACUACGAUGACAUGGAUGAGCUUGAAAACUCCCAGCCUUCAGACUUUGUAUCUCUAAUUGACAUAUGGUACAAAGACCGUGCGCUCUACUCGAAGGUCAUAUGGGGAAUUCCCAACUCAGAUGGUGCCAAUGGAUGGUUCUAUAACUGUCCAUUCCGUAUAGAUUUAUUUCACCACUCAUCUGAGAACAACGAGAACAAUAAUGGAGAGGUAUUCCUAUCAACCAUCAGUGACUUACCAUCGGUGCCCUCAAUAGAGCAAGAAAGGAAAGAUGGGAAACUUUGGAGGGAACUGAAUGAUGGCAUAAAGUUGAGCUGGAUCAUUGUCAACAGAAAGAUGAAGCGGGCAGUGAACCUGACAAGUUGGCACCCACUGGGUGGGCAGAGGCACUGGCCAACUGAUACUGAUUUUGUUCUACGGUUUGGAUCUGUCCUUCCGGCAAAGGAGGUCCUGCCAUGCCAGGUAGCAGAAUGCAUUCUGCUGAUGAAAUUCCGCAUGACAAGCAUGGGGAGUGAGGAGGCUGGGGAACCUUCGACGCUUGCAUUGACGGAACUGAGUUUGCAGAUCGAAGACAUGGGUGGUGUUCAUCUCAACGGGCGUUGCAGCCUCCUCCUUCUCAAGGAGGCACUCAGCUGCCAUCGGAGUAGGAAUUACGAUGAGGUGCUGGAGUCUUGCAAUUUGUAUCUGAAGGCACAGAGCGAGCUGAAAGAAGAGAAGAUACGCAGCGAAUGCCGGUUUGACACACUCUGUAUUGUCAGUGGCAUUACAAUAUUUGCUGCCAUCAGUACCAUGUGCUAUAGAAAGUUUGAGAAUGUUUGACUUGGGUAGUUGCAGAGUUACUGAAUUCUACAUGCGUAAAGCACUCUGUAUAGCGUGGAUUUCAGAAAUGAUGUAAUGCAUGCUUGUGAGCUGGUAAACACAGCCGACUAAUUGCUGGGUAUUAUCUUUCAAGGGGGGGGGGACCUCAUUUAUGAAGAUGAAAAACAAUUGACAA